GACACAGGGAGGAGAGAACAGAACACAGGGAGAAGAGAACAGGACACAGGGAGGAGAGAACAGGACACAGGGAGGAGAGAACAGGACUCAGGGAGGAGAGAACAGGACACAGGGAGGGGAGAAGAGGACACAGGGAGGGGAGAAGAGGACACAGGGAGGGGAGAACAGGACACAGGGAAGAGAGAACAGGACACAGAGAGGGGAGAACAGGACACAGGGAGGGGAGAACAGGACACAGGGAGGAGAGAACAGGACACAGGGAGGAGAGAACAGGACACAGGGAGGAGAGAACAGGACACAGGGAGGAGAGAACUGGGUACAGGUCACCUGGCACUGAGGAGAGAGGGUUCACCUAA